AUGAUGGAUUGCUUAUCUUUUGCUGUGGUGAACAUACCUGUGUCCAUUAUCAGCAUCAUUAUAAACAUUUUUUUAGUCUUCUGUAUGUUCUUUCCACAGCAAGGAACAGAGCGGCUGAAACAACCCCUUAACGUCUUGUUGGGAACACUUGUUGGAUGCAACAGCACUCUUCAAAUCUGCAUUUUUGUGUAUGUCAUCAUGGAAUUUGGAAUAAUUUUGUCAGGUGUUAUUGGUUUUUCUGUUAUUGUAGAAAUGAUCUUGUUUACUAUGAGGACCAGUGUAACCUCAUCCCUUUGGCUGAAUGUCUUCUACUACUGCCAGAUUGUUCCUGCUCAGCACUCUGUCUUCAUCUGUUUGAAGAGGAACAUUAAAUUUUUCAUAUACACUGCUUUAAUAGCAGACAAACUCUUCUUUAUGUUUGGGUUCUCCGAAGGUAUUGCUUUAUCUCUAGCAUUUGUGGAGCUUUAUGACCUUUAUGAAUAUGACUUCAAUAUUACAUACACCAACAAAUGGGAUGAGGCACAUGCAAAGCUGGACAAAGUCAUGUUUUUGUUUUCAGUAGACAUGUGGAUACGAUUUUGUUACUUAUUGCUCUGUUUAAUUGUGAUGAUGACAUCAAGCUGUGCGACUAUUCUUUUCUUGCGGAAACACAUGAAGAGCAUGCAGGGAAGCAGCAGCACCAUUUCAUCUCCUCGCCUCCAGAGACAGAUGAGAGUGACAGUCACAGGCAUCAUUCAGACAAUCCUUUUCUUCCUUUGCUCAGUCUUGAUAUUAGUGAGAGAAUUACUUGUAUUUGUAUUCAACCUUAAUGUUGAUUUGAAUGGCCAUAUAUGUUGCUCUGUUGUCUGUUUGUACACUUUUGGAUCCACCAUUAACUUGUGUGUUGGCCAGACAAUAUUUCGUCAGCGAGUAGUUUACGUUUGGCAAAGAUUCCUCAAAACUGCCGCUUUGUUAUUCAAGUGA